CAUCCAUCGCGUACACUGGACGCAUGGACUAGAUCGAUGACUACUCCCUUGUCCGCCCAGUCGUUUGUCCGGCUCCUAAAAGCGCCCACAGACCCACCCAACCCAGAAAGCCCAACAAAAAUCCAAAUCGCUUGUGCAGCAUGGGAUGACACCACCCUUCACAUCCCAAACAAGCAUGAGCUCAUCGCCGAGUUCAUACUCACGCGACUGCUCAAAGACAAGUCAAAAACCAGCGAGAACCCUAUAAUCGAUGUGCAGUACUGGUGCCUUCUUCGCAAGGUUUUGGAUGGAAGCGUAGGGGUAGGUGCACGAGGCCUCAAAGUCUGGCUUGGUUCUCUUCUCAAUCGAACACCGCUCGCUCCAAUCAUCAUCUCGAUCCUCACUCUGCUGAGGGAUCUGCCGGUUGCAGAGGCAAAAGGGCUCCUUGUGCUCGUGCGGCCAUGCUUCUCUGUCCUAUGGCCAUUAAGCGUCCAUAAAAUUGGCGUGGAGACGCUUCUAGAGUGCUUUGGAAUUGUACUAGAUGUUUCUGCUGAGCUAGUUAGAAAUGAGGCUCUGGAAGGUAUGUGUGAGGCAGUUGUAUCUUCAUAUAGAGAAGCACUAGGAAAUGCCGGGAACAAGAAGAAGCUACACGCGACCUUCCUCCAAACCCAUCUCUCGUCCUGGCUUCGUGCAAUUUCGCCAUCAUCCCAUCUGUCUCCACAGCUGACCGAAGCGGUAUACGUCGCAGGAACAGAGACAAUAUUAUCUCUUGAUGCGCUUCGUGCAUCACCCUCAUCUGAGAGCCUAUUCACGGCACUAUCUUCGCCCAAUUCACCUUCCACAACAAAUGCCGCCAUACCACUUCUUCCCCGUCUCUUCACUACUCAUACGCACUUUUUGCGGCGAUACCGCACCGCUCUGUUCCCCGCUUCACAAAAUAAAAUACAAAACCGUGAAAAUGACAUGAGAAUGACUUCCGUGGCAUUCUUCGCCUCUUGCCUCAAGCUAUUAGCCUGGAACGCUCAGAGCUGGGAAGCGAGAGUGGGUCUGAUCAGUAUUAUUGAGAAUGAGCGCAUUUACGCGAGUCAGGGUGUGCAAGAGGGGGAGGUGGAUUUGGUGAGGGAGGAUGCAGUGCUGGUAUUGGAAGGAGAAGCAGAAGAAGAGGUGGUACGCCUGGCUUUGGACGUGUUGGCUGUGCUUGCGAGGAUAGACUAUGAUGUGAUUGAGCCUGUGGUAGGAAGGAUACUUCCUCGCUUGAUCUUGACUUGCUCCUCUCCCUCCAUACACAAAUCAGCCAACGCGCUUCUUAACCUCCUCCUCGACUUCCACUCCAAGACGCGCACAUUACACGCAUACAGUCAUGCACUCAUUGACGCCUGUACCUCUCUUCCUUCCAUCAGAUCUCUUGCAUCACCUCAAGAACUCUAUAGCCGCGCACACUCUUCUGCUACCCUCGCACACACCCAUCUCUUCUCGCUCGCACAAGCACUCCGCACAUUCCUCACGCCUACCCAAGUAAAAGAGGCAACACAAAUUACCUUGACUCUCAAAAACACCUUCAAUACCUACCAAAAUCUCUCCUCGCUCAUCAAAAUCAGCGAAAUGGAAGACAGGCCGCGUAAAAAGCGGCGGAAAAGCGAAACCGCCCCAUUGCCUGCGAGUUCGGCACCCACACAGAACAUGCGGGAACUAGAUGUACAUGCACUUUCCCUUUCCCUCACUCUUAAAUUCGUGGCUCUGUUUCUGUCGAACCUCCCAUCUUCUUUCAUUACCGCCGAGGUUCAUGAUGCAGUACGUGAAGUGGGUGUAUGGGCCAUCGAGGCCUCUUGCUUGCUUCUUUGCAACAGGACUUCAAAAAUAUCUUGGGCAGACCAAGUGACAGGUGCUGCACUUCUUCGUUUUGCGUAUCAUCUGCCGGCUUGGAAGUGCGUUGCAGAACAAGAAGAUUUGCGGCGGCUAUUGGAGGUUGUUAAAAUUGAAGAGGGUGUAGAGGGUGAGCUGGUGCUUGAAAUUCUGCGAUUUCUCUUUGCGUGGUCUUCCAGAUCGGAAACGCAUGUAGAAGCCGAGACUGUACUUGACGUUGCCCUUGCGUAUGCCGAGGCGCAAGAACAAAAUCCGCAAAGCACGAGCGGGUUGAUGGUACUCUACCUAAUCGUCGAGCGGUGGUUGGAUCUCGUAGACGCCCAAGCGUCUAAAUCCUCCCUCGACCGCCUGAUCAAGUUAAUCUUCUCUAUUUCGCCCUCGUCUACCCGUCUGGCAGACGUGCAGGGCUUGCAGCCAAAAGACGUCCUCUGGGGCGUUUUACACAAUGCACAGUUCUGGGAAAUGGGAAAUAUACGAGCUUCCGUCCUUGCAUACCUCACAUCAUCGCCUGCCUCUUUGAAAGGUUCUGCGUUCGAUCAACUCAGCAGUACUUACUGCCUUUUGUUAUAUGUUCCCCAUGAGUACCUCACUAAACAGGCUCGCGUGGAGCUCGUGCGCCGGGCGAUGGAGGGCGAUGUCACUAUUUCCUCGUUGCAUGCGACUACCGGAGAGAAGACAGCGAAGGGAAAGCGUAAGCGUGACCAAGGGAGUGACCUAGAAAAAGCGCGGUUGACACUCACUCAUAUCCGCGUGUUCCUUCAACGGAUGGGGCAACUUGGGUAUUUGAACAUGUCAGAUCAUGAAAGCGCAAGCGACUACGUGAAGCACCUUAUGAGCAUAGAGAUUCCAGAUAAUGCAGUCCUGAGAGAGGCCACGAUAAAUCUUGCGGAGCUCUAUAUUGUUGCACUCCUACGAGCAUCAGAUAAAGACCCUUCCGCUUCAGCCGCAUGUGCCUCUAUCUUCUGCACCCUCGCGCAGUCUGGUUCCCUUCAGGAAGAUAGCCUUCCCCAGUUAUGCGUGCUCCAACUGGUUGAGCGUCUCACACAAGACUUUUCGGUUUCUAGCCUUUCCGACUCAAUAAUUGCAUCAUUGAAAGAACUACAUGCCGCUCUCACUCCUGUUUCACAGUCCAACGGUAGCAACACACUCCCCUCGAGCGGGACUAUCAAAGCGUGGGCACGCCACCUUUCAUUUGGCCACUGGCUAGGUGUUGCCGCCACUUCAAUAUCUGGGUACGGCCAGAAAAUCGCAGUCACCCUGUUGCAAAACAAAGGUAAAUGCAAGUCUUCUGCAGAAAUCUUGGGACUUCUCUUCGAGGAACUGCGUUGUCUGCCCAAUGUUGAGCGCGGGAUGCAUCUCGACCUGGCAGUAGGGGUGUAUGUAUUUUCCACGGGUGCUGCCUUGGAUGACGUCGUCUCAAACGGAUGCAAGCAUCUUUCAGUCAACGACUUCUCGCAUUUACUGGACACAGUAUAUGAGGCACUUGAAAGUACGCGAUUUCCCCCGGCUCAAUGUGUGCGCCUAGUGCAUACAGCCACCGUCCUGUUACACGAUACACCUCAGGGGACUUUGAAGGUCGUUCAGGGGUUUUUCACUCAGUGUCUGAAUUUCUUUAUUGGAAACGCGCAGUUCUUUGCGGGUCCUGCGGACUUGAAGGUAGCUUGUCUCGAGUUUGUGGCUCGGCAAUGUUCAGAUAGGCCCGCGGCUCUUCGCGCCGUCGACCCUGGUCCUAUACAUGCCUUGCUUUCUAAAAUCCUCUGCGGGUCUUCAACGCACGACAGUACUACCACACCUGCGGUCUUCCAGUCCACCGCCACUAUUCUCAAUGCGCUUGUUCGACUGCGGCGCGAUCUGGUCAUCCACAUUUUGCCACAUCUGGGGAUGGUCCUCCGUCAACUGGUCUCAUGCACGCGUAGCCUACGGCCCCAGCUAGCCGCGAAGCAGAGCCGCAUCGUCACCGACACCCUCCCAUCGUGGAUAGCACCAUCUGAUCCUCUCGGUGUGCCAGAAGCUCGUGCACUUGCACGGCUGUUCACCUCAUUGACAUCGAAGACUGUCCCCCGCGCGCACAUGCAACCCAAUACGGAACAGAAGGCAGAGAGCCUGUCGAAGCCAUUUGCCAAGCAUGCUGCUUACGUGGUCACUGCGUACAUUGACGCCGUGAACGAUCCGUUGUGUAUCAUGCGGGCGGAUGUGAGGCGUGAGCUUGAGCCGGGCUUGUUUUCGCUGUGCGAAAUUAUGGGUACGCACAGUCGUGAUGCCGUUAUGAUGAGUGCAUUGGAUACGGGUGGGAAGAGUGUGAUGAAAGCACUCUGGAAGGAGUAUGAAAAACAGCGGUAUGACGGGAAGGGAUAGAAGCUCCAGUUUCAUAUACACAUAUCAGUUUCAUAUAUAC